AUGGCUACUUCAAGAACAUUCAUGAUCUCUAAUACCUUCAUCUUCUUCCUCGUUAUGGCUUCAACCAAUGGUCAAGCUCCAUCUCCAGCACCUUCCGGUCCAACCAACAUAACCGCAGUCCUAGAAAAGGCCGGUCAAUUCACAAUGUUCAUAAGACUACUCAAGAGCACACAAGCAGCAGACCAAAUCAACACUCAGAUCAACUCUUCCUCGAGCCAAGGCCUAACCGUCUUUGCCCCUACCGACAACGCUUUUAACAGCCUCAAAUCAGGAACCUUAAACUCAUUGUCUGACCAGCAGAAGGUUCAGCUUGUUCAGUUUCAUGUCCUUCCUACACUCUUGACCAUGCCUCAGUUUCAAACAGUUAGUAACCCCUUACGCACGCAAGCUGGUGAUGGACAAAACGGUAAGUUCCCUCUUAACAUCACUAGCUCCGGUAACCAAGUCAACAUCACCACCGGAGUUGUGAGCGCCACCGUGGCUAACUCUGUUUACAGCGAUAAGCAGCUAGCCGUGUAUCAAGUGGAUCAAGUUUUGCUGCCGUUAGCCAUGUUUGGUUCCAGCUCGGCUCCUGCUCCGGCUCCUGAGAAAGGUGGCUCGGUUACGACAGGUUCAGCUUCCGGCAGCGACGGUGGAGGAGAUUCUACUGAUUCAUCUGAUGGAGAGAGAUUCAGAUUCGGGUUAGUUGCCACCGUGGCAGCCAUUGCUGCUGCUUCUCUAUGGAUGUAA